AUGAAUUACAAGAAAGAAACUUUAGAACUACUUGGAUAUGAGAACAUUGAAUGUUUAAUACCAAAAAACUUACUAAAUAACUUUCCAGAAUACUUUACUAAUGAACAAUAGACUCCUUUAGCUACUAACUUAUCUGAAAGUAAUAUUAGAGUUAUUUCAAUAAUAGUGACUGAAAAUGGAUUGAUUAUUAUGUCAGCUCUGAGCCAAAAUAACACUCCUUAACUUUCUGCAUAAUUAUUGAGGUCUGGGUAAUCUAAGAAUUCGAAAGGAAAAAUUAGAACUUUUUUCCCUCAAAGUAUUUACAAUAUUUAUAUCUUUUAAGAAUGGCCUGUAGCAAAAACUAAUAUGAGUCCUUUUUCUUUUUCAAGAUAUUCUCAUUUUCAAUCUUUAAUUAUACGAAAUUGGUAUUAUCUAGACAAUAUUAAUAAUAUUUAAGGUAUAUAUAGUUAUAUUAAAUAAUUUAAGGACCCUUUUCUUGUGUAGAAAUGGAUAAUUGGUAUAGGAAGAAUCUUCUUAAUGCAGAUUUACUAAUAAGUUAUAAAUCUAGAGACUUAACUUCGUUUGUGAGAGUAUAAGAUAUUCUUAAAGAUUCUGAAAAUCCAAAAUGCAGCAAAAUUCUAAAAUAAAUGUAUAAAAGACCAUCUAGUGCAAUUAGAAAUUGUAAAUACUUAAAAAAUUUUAGAAUAAAGAGUUUCAAAUGAUUCUCCAAUUAGUAAAGCAUCAACUGAACUCUCUUUAAGUAACAACAAUAGUUGUUAAAAAUAGAGAUAACCAAUUUGGGGUGUUGAUACAGAAUAUUUAUUAAGUUUUUGA